UUCCUUGACUAGAACAUGGAAGUUGGAUUAGAUACAAGUUUGUUUUGAUUUUGCAUUCCUUGUGUGGAGUUAACAAAUACAUACUGACUGAGCUGAAUAGGCUACCAAACUCUAAUUCGACUGAAAAUGUCUAAACUACAGUUGUUUCGUGUGUUUUUAAAUGAGCGUUUAACGGCGGCUGCUGUGGAGAUUUUUGGUGCAGUUGAGAAAACGGUAGUGGAGUACCAGGAGGAGAAUGAUCGGCUACGGAGACUGCUGCGGAGGACACCAAAGAUACAACUAUGUGGAAUAGACUCCCUGCAGCUCUCUGUCUCUGAAGAGGAGGUUCCCCCUGAGCAGCAGCACUGUGAGCAGGAGUGGAGCCCCAGUCUGGAGCAGGAGGACCCAGAGACCAAACAGAUUAAAGAGGAACAGGAGGAAGUCAGGACCAGUCAGAAGGAAGAGCAGCUUGAAGGGGUGGAGCCUGAUAUCAUAGAUUUAGAUUUCACUCCUCCCUGUGUGAAAAGUGAAUGUGAUCUGGAGGACCCACUUUGGUCCUUGACUCUUCCUCAAACCAAGAAUGAGGAAAACGGAGAGAGUGACUCUAAACCAGUGGAUCUCAAACCUUUUGUCACUGUGACCCACAUUAAGGGUCUUGACAUUCCCUGUGACCCUCCAGAUAAUCAAAACAAUGCCUACAGACACAGCUCAGCCGUAUUCAGCAACCCAGUAGGACUUGACAGCAGCUCACCAUUGGGUCCCAGCCCACCAUUGGGUCCCAGUCCACCAUUGGAUCCCAGUCCACCAUUGGAUCCCAGUCCACCAUUGGAUCCCAGUCCACCAUUGGAUCCCAGUCCACCAUUGGAUCCCAGUCCACCAUUGGAUCCCAGUCCACCAUUGGGUCCCAGUCCACCAUUGGGUCCCAGUCCACCAUUGGAUCCCAGUCCACCAUUGGAUCUCAACUCACCAUUGGAAGAACACUGUUCCAAACUCAGCACCACGUCUAGAAGAACUCACCACUGCCGUGACUGUGGUAAAACAUUUGCUCUGAAAGCUGACCUGCAGAGGCAUGUGACUCUCACCAAGAAGAGACUCAGUGAAUGUAGAUUCUGCAAGAAACGCUACAACUCCACCUGUAAACUGAAGGCCCAUGUCCGACUCUGUCAUGGUGGUAAACCCUGUAUCUGCCCUGUUUGUGGAAAGACCUUCAAACUCAAAGGAGUUCUGUCCAAGCACAUGAGGAUUCACACAGGAGAGAAAUCAUUCAGCUGUGGUGACUGUGAGAAAAGCUUCAGUCACAAGGGUGCCCUAAACUUAUAUGAACUGACUCACACUGGGGAGAAACCAUUUAGCUGUGGUGACUGUGAGAAAAGCUUCAAUCUCAAGAAUAAUCUAACCAGGCAUAAACUGAUUCACACAGGAGAGAAACCAUUUAGCUGUGGUGACUGUGGGAAAAGCUUCAGUCUCAAGAAUAACCUAACCAGGCAUAAACUGAUUCACACAAGAGAGAAACCAUUUAGCUGUGGUGUCUGUGGAAAAAGCUUUAGUCAGAAAGGGGACCUAGGGAGGCACAAAUUGACUCACACAGAUGAUAAACCAUUUAGCUGUGGUGACUGCGGGAAAAACUUCAGACAGAAAGGGGACCUAAGGAGACACAUACUGACUCACACAGGAGAGAAACCAUUUAGCUGUGGCGACUGUGGGAAAAGCUUCAAUCAGAAGGGGGACCUAAGUAGGCACAGACAGACUCACACAGGAGAGAAACAACAUGGCUGCUCAGUCUGUGGUAAAAGAUUCAUUCGUAAGGCUCAUCUGCUGAAGCAUGUGAAUAACAUCCACAAAGAAAGAAAACGGGAUGAAAACAAGAACAACGAAAAUUAGGAUUAAAAUCUAGUUAGGACAAAGAGGAUAUGCGUUUUAGCAGAUGGGAAUUUAAAAGGCAGGAUGUGGACACUUAGAAAAACAAAGCAACUCUGGAUUAGUGACGCUGUGGUUUUUCAAAUAAAUGAAUGUGUGAUGGAUUUACUUUUUGUGAAACGUUUUAUACAAAUAAAGUUUAAUUUGAACGGUGAGGUUCUAAGAGUAGCAUCCCAGUAUUAUGGGAAUCUCACAGAUCUGAGGGAUGUACUACAAAGCAGGAGUUUGCCAGCUAACAUGCCUAAAUAUUCUAUCAUUUAAAAAAAUAUAUAUAUUUUUUUUUAGACAGAUCUUGAAAUGGGCAUGGUCUAAUUGAUUCAACAAACAAACAAAAAAACACAAAUUUAGAUUUUUUUCUAAAAUGAACCAGAAUUUCUAUGAACCAGUUAUUUCUGUUUGCUUAUCAAAGAUCAAUAGCUAAAUCCUUGAUUCUGCUUUGUAGUAGACCCCUCUGCUAUUACCUGUUAGUCAUUUAGCAGACGCUCUUAUGCAGAACGACUUACAGGAGCAAUUAGGGUUAAGUGCCUUGCUCAAAGGGCAUUUCACCAGAUUUUUCACCUUGUUGGCUCUGGGAUUUGAACCAGCGACCUUUCGGUUACUGGUCCAACCCCCUUAACAGCUAGGCUACCUGCCAAUCCUGUCUAAAGUCUGUUGAUGUUUUCAUUUUAAAAAAUAUAUAUAUUUUAUCUGUUUGUUUUGGAAUGUCUCUCAGGGUGGAGAGAAUUAUCUGACUGAUGUUAUUGAUAAAUAAAAAAUUAUGUCAAAAUCUUCUUCCAUUUGUCCUAGUGUAUUUAUAAUAAAUGUUGACCUAAUG